AUGCACCCAUAUAACGACAAAAAAAAGCCUGUAAAGGCCAAAAAAGCGAAAAAAGAUAAAAAGGAACGAGAUCGACACAAAGACAAAUUGUCAUACAUAGAGUUAUCAGCGUAUUCGAAUACUGAUAAUCCUUUUGGUGAUGAAAAUCUUGGUAUAAAAUUUGAAUGGACCAAAAAAAAAGAACGCGAUAAGAAAAUGGGAAUAUCACCAGAAGAAGCUAUGCGCAGAGAAAAAGAACGUCGUGAAGAAACACAACUUGAACUCGAAAAGUUAAACAAAAGAAGGGCUGAACGUGAAAUUGAACGGCAGUUACGUGAAGAAGAACUUGCUCGGAUGCAACGUGAUGCUGAAAUUGCUGCAAUGGGUGAUUGGGCAUCAAAAGAAGACGAGUUCCAUCUUGAACAAGCAAAACGUCGUGCGGAAAUUAGAAUCAAAGAAAAUCGUGCAAAACCAAUUGAUAUUCUUGCCAUUAAUUUACGAUUAGCUGAUGAAUCUGAAGUUGUUGAUGAAGCUUUGGAAAUUGAUAUGGAUGAACCAUACACUAUAUUUGAGAAUUUAACUCUACCAGAAGUUGAAGAAUUACAUCAGGAUAUUCAAAAAUACUUGAGCCUUGAAAGGAAUCCAAAUAAUCUUGAUUUUUGGAGGGCAAUGAUUGUAGUAUGUGAGGAUAAACUUUCGGAACUUCAAGAGGAUGAAAAAAACCAUGCUAUGAAUAUUAUAGCACCUGUAAAGGAUGAUAUUAACAAUUUAUUUGCCGGAAAGACUUAUGAACAAUUAAAUGUAUUACAAUCUCAAAUUCAACAAAAAUUAUCGGGGAAAGAAGCUGUAGAAGUAGAAUUUUGGGAACAACAGUUGAAAGCAUUGACAGUUUGGAAAUCAAAAGCUAAACUGAAAGCAAUGCAUGAGAUUGUGUUGCAGAAAAGAUUAGAACAACUUCGCAGAAAACAAAGGCAAGAAGCUAUUAAAGUGCAAGAAGAGUUGGAAUCAGCCAUUGCAUCGCAUGCCGGUUACCAUCAUAUUCAAAUGGAAGUUGAGGGUAAUGAAGCUGUGAUUGAAGAAGAGGCUAUUUUAGAAUAUAUGAUUAGUGAAUAUGAUAGAUCUAUGAGUCCUAGACCGUCACUAAGAUUGUCCAAGGAAGAUAGACAGUAUGAAAUUAUUGAUCCUGAAGAGGAUUUGAUUCAAUUGAAAGAAAGACGUAAAGAAGUACUACGUAAUCAGUUUAUACCCAUGAAGGUUCAGCCAAAAAAAACGACCAUUGAAGAAGAGGAAGAGUCUGUGGUUUCAAAGGCAUUAUAUGAGCGAGAAGCCGCUAAAGAACUAGAUGAAGACGAAGCAAUAUUCAAUAUUGAAGAAGAAUUGGCCAAAACGACAUAUUUAUGGCAAGAUAAAUAUCGACCACGUAAACCCCGAUAUUUUAAUCGUGUUCACACAGGAUACGAAUGGAAUAAAUACAAUCAAACGCACUAUGACAGUGAUAACCCUCCACCAAAAGUUGUUCAAGGGUAUAAAUUCAAUAUAUUUUACCCAGAUUUGAUUGAUAAAACUAAAGCACCUACAUAUAAAAUUGAGAGAGAACCCGGAAAUAGUGAUACUGUCUUAAUACGUUUUGUCGCUGGUCCUCCUUAUGAGGAUAUUGCUUUUCGCAUUGUUAAUCGAGAAUGGGAGUAUUCACAUAAAAAGGGAUUCAAAUCGAGUUUUGAUCGUGGAGUUUUACAACUACAUUUCCAUUUUAAACGUCAUUAUUACAGACGUUAA